AUGAACGGCCUCCAGGAUAUCGAUGGGCUUUCCGAAUGCAUCGGUCGGGCCAUCCAGGACCAUCUUGCCAGAUUGAACAUCAAUAUCGCGUGGCCACAGCUCGACAACCUUGACCAUCCCAUCCUUCGCGUGGAGGCUUUCCUCGAAGAGGCCGAUGCGAACCAUGCAACAAGAGCGCAGUCCGAGAGGGUCGCGUCGAGAACCGUCGAUCUGGCGAGUAUGAGAACGCCGGCCCCCACACAAAGUCCAAUGCCGGUAGAUUCUAACGACUAUGAGGAGUCAUCGUCGAUGGACGAGUCUAAUCCCCGGGACGACCCGUACCCAUCGGAACAACACUCCCGCGAUACCCGUAGAAAAGGUACUGGCGGUCUGAGGGUGUCGCAGAACCAGUCCUCUUUCCAAGAAGAUUUGACCGAGCACCAACGCCAAAUGCAGGUGGAUAGCCGAAGCUUUCCCAAGCGGAAAAAGGUAGCGUCUGAUAAGUUUGUCUUCCAGCCUUCCACUCUAGACAAGCUUAUCAUCGGAAUUUGGGAGCAAUUCCAGGUAUCUCCCAAUGGAUCUUCCAUGGGUGUGGUUCGACAAACGCAAACGGAAGAGCCAUCAGCAGCCAUUACCACUUCGAACACGAAAUCCGAAUCCUUCAGUCAGAUGAAUGUUUUCUGUCGCAAGGUCACACAAGCGAGUCGUGUGUGCCGGUCAAUAGAAAUGAUUGUACAAGCUCGCUGGGUCGAGCUCUUUGAGGAGCAGGUACAAUAUCGGAGCCAAUCGAGGCCUGACCUGUCUACGACAAAGCACAGGAAAGCUGUGUUUAUGGAAGCGUGCCAGGACUUCGACUGGUCUGAAAAGGAAUUGCGCAACAAAAUGGCCAUCUGGCGUGGUUACAAGGAAGUAAAAGACGCAGCGGGUUGGGCUGCACUUGUCUUCGCUGGCAUGGGCAUUUAUCGAUUCUGUAAAUACCGAGUGGGCUUUGAUAAAGAUGCGAUGCGCCGGCUACGGAACCUGAGAAAACGUCUCGAAGUCGCAGCCGAUACCCUACAUCCCCACUGGCGCCAGUUGUUGUCGAUCGUGGGCGAAUCGCAAACCCUCGAAUACCCUGGACACCCGCACGAUUGGGUUGUUUUUGAGGACGGGUCGGAUCCCGUACCCUUGCGCCAAACAUAUCAGCUUCACGAUCCAUAUUUUGCUUUUGAACACAUCGACGAGUCAAUCAUUGAUGAAUCGGUCUGGGGAUGCGAAGACCCACGAUGGACGCCACAAUCGAACGCUGUCGCUAGACCAGGUGGAGUGUACAUCUGCGCUUUGUGCAACGAGCCACAAUCCGACAACCCACAGGACAACUCAUGUUUCUGUUUUCCAACCCUUUUUGGUUGUGUAAAGCGAAAGCCACCACCCGUUCAAAUUGUCAGGACGCCGGACGGCAGAAAUAAUGGCCUCGUAGCGUUGACGUCGUUCGAUCGGGGAACGGCCGUCGGCGAGCUCGUUGGAUUGAUAACAAACGGAGUCAGACAUCUUGACGUGUUGGACAGUUCAACACCCUUGGCUAAUUAUCAGAUCUGGCAAGGCAGAGCAGGAAAUUUCACGCGCUUCAUCAACCAUAGCUGUAAGCCGAACUCGCAAUCCUCCACUUUUACCUGGCUGGACACACAAAGGGUGGUAUUGGUCAGUAAGGGGAUAGACGCAGGAAAGGAGAUUACAUUAGAUUAUGGGGACAAGUAUUGGGCUGGGUUAGAUAAGAGCUGUCUUUGUGGGGAGAGUUGCUGUAGUGAUUCUGGUGCAUCCGACCAGGAAAUUCUCGAGGCACAAUCCGGAGCUAGGAAGAGAAGGAGACUGUCGCCGACCGAGGAUGUAAGCUCGGCUUCCGAAGCUGAAGUUGUCCAACCACUACCAGUCGCAGCCUCAUCAAUCUCGCGCAUCAAAGCAAAGCAGCAAAACGCGUCGGCAAACGAUGCCAAAUCCGCCGGAUCUGUUGGAACCACACCGAAAACCAAUCCUAAACUGGAUUUCGCGUCACUCAAUGUAGCGCCAUGGCUCGUCAAGUCGCUCGCAAGCAUGGAGAUCAAGCGCCCAACUGGCAUCCAAGCCUCCUGUAUUCCUGAGAUUCUCAAGGGGAAAGACUGUAUCGGUGGCUCAAGAACUGGUACAGGUAAAACUAUAGCAUUUUCGUUACCGAUUCUGCAGAAAUGGGCGGAGGAUCCUAGUGGUAUCUUCGCCGUUAUUGUCACACCGACCCGCGAGCUCGCGAUCCAGAUCUACGAGCAAGUGAAAGCAAUUUCAGCGCCACAAUCAAUGAAACCCAUUCUGAUUACCGGAGGCUCAGACCAGCGCUCCCAAGCCAUCGCUCUGGCCUCACGACCCCACGUCGUCAUUGCAACACCAGGCCGGCUAGCAGAGCACAUCCGCACCUCGGGCGAGGACACAAUCUGUGGUCUCCGUCGCGUGCGCUUUGUUGUCUUUGAUGAAGCCGAUCGUCUACUCGCUCCAGGCAAAGGCUCCAUGCUGCCCGAUCUCGAGACCUGUUUAUCCGCUCUACCUCCCAAGGAAACACGACAAACCCUUCUAUUUACUGCCACCGUGACACCCGAGGUCCUGGCACUCAAAUCCCAGCCCCGAGCUCCAGGCCGUCUUCCAAUCUUCGUUUCCGAGGUCGAUACCGAGGAUUUAGCAAUUCCACCAAGACUGCAGCAAAAGUACCUUCAAACGCCAGUUACGCACAAGGAAUGUUAUCUUCACGUCUUGUUGAACACACCAGAGAAUAGCAAAAAGAGUGUCAUUAUAUUCUGCAAUCGUACAAAGACAGCCACGCUCCUGGAGUACAUGCUGCGCCUCCUUGAUCACCGCGUCACAGCACUGCACUCUGGUCUCAAGCAAAACGAUCGUGCUGCUAGGAUACUCGUUGCUACUGAUGUUGCGGCCCGUGGUUUGGAUAUUCCAGAGGUGGCGCUUGUUAUCAACUUCGAUGUGCCCCGUGAUCCGGAUGAUUACAUCCAUCGUGUCGGUCGUACGGCGCGUGCUGGGAGGAGGGAUGUAGAGCUUGUACUGGCGAUUGAGUCGCGUGUGGGAAAGAAGAUGGAUGAGUUUGAGGAGGAGGGUGUUAGCGUUGAAGGCAGAGUCGUCCGAGAUGCGCUCAAGCCUGUAACUGAGAAGAAGCGCGAAGCUUUGUUGAGUAUAGAGGAGGGCAGAGAUGUAAUGGGCAAGCGACAGGUGGGCAUGAAGAAGAAGCGGGCGGAGUAG